CGUGUCGCGCGUCUAUGAUGUCAUCAGAGCGGCGGCGGCUGCCAGGGUGAGGCAGCUCCAAACCCUGAGUCGGUGCUGGUGGGGACGACAACACGAGCCAUGAAGGAGACGCCGCUGUCGAACUGCGAAAAGCGGUUCAUCUUGCGGGCGAUCGAGGAGCGAAAGCGCCUGGAUGGAAGACAGUGCUAUGACUACAGAAACCUCCGCAUUUCCUUUGGUACCGACUAUGGCUGCUGCAUCGUGGAGCUUGGGAAAACUAGAGUUCUUGGGCAAGUAUCUUGUGAACUUGUGUCUCCAAAGCCAAAUCGUGCAACUGAGGGCAUACUCUUUUUUAAUCUUGAACUCUCUCCUAUGGCCUCACCUGCAUUUGAACCGGGAAGACAAUCAGAGCUACUUGUAAAAUUGAAUCGGCUGUUGGAAAGAUGCCUAAGGAACUCCAAGUGCAUAGAUACUGAAUCUCUCUGUGUUGUUGCUGGUGAAAAGGUGUGGCAAAUUCGUGUGGACCUUCAUGUGUUGAAUCAUAAUGGAAAUAUUAUAGAUGCUGCAAGUAUAGCUGCAAUUGUGGCGCUGUGUCACUUUCGGAGGCCAGAUGUGUCUGUGCAAGGAGAAGAAGUAACACUGUAUACCCCUGAGGAACGGGAUCCUGUCCCUCUGAGUAUCCAUCAUAUGCCUAUUUGUGUAAGCUUUGCUUUUUUCCAACAAGGAACCUACUUAUUAGUUGACCCCAGUGAACAGGAAGAGCGGGUAAUGGAUGGUCUCCUUGUGAUUGCCAUGAAUAAGCACCGUGAGAUUUGUACAAUUCAGUCCAGCGGUGGAAUUAUGUUGCUGAAAGAUCAGGUUCUGAGAUGCAGCAAAAUAACAGGAGUUAAAGUAGCAGAAAUCACAGAGCUAAUUCAGAAAGCCUUGGAAAAUGAUCAAAAAGUUAGGAAAGAAGGGGGGAAAUGUGGAUUUGCAGAAUCCAUUCCUAACCAGAGAAUAACUGCUUUUAAGAUAGAAGAGGCUCCAGUUGAUACUAAAGAUGUACAAGUGCAAGCAGAAGAAAUAAUUGCAAAUGCAUUUCCUCCCUCAGAAGUUUUGGCCAAGCCUGUUUUGUGGACUUCUGGCACAGCCCAGAUUGGAGAAGGCCUUGAAAAUUCAUGGGGAGAUUUUGAGGGAUCUGAAAGAGAAGAGGAGGAAGAUGAAGUUGCUCAGGAUGAACGUAUACCAGCAGAAGACCAGGAUAUGGAAAUUGGAGGUGCUGCUGCUGGAAAUCAGAAAGAUGAGACCAUUGUGUUAUCCGACAGUGAAGAAGAAGUUGUUAUUCUAGAGCCAGAAAUAACACAGAACAGAACAGAGGCUUCCCACAAACAGAACAUGAAUAAAAAACCAGUUGGCAAAAAAAGGAAGAAAAGAGCUGCCAAAUAAAUCCAUCUUGUUUUUGUACAGUACAUUGAAAGUUUCUUGCUCAAAACCAGCCUUUUUGUGUCUGUUAUUGGAGAGUUAUAAUGGGACACCGUUUCCUGAGUGUGCUUGUCUGUACAUAGCUUUUUCUAAUAAACCCUUGGAUAUUCUGGUCCCACUUUCA